AUGGAGGGACAGACCCCAGGAGACAGAGGCCUUUCGGAAAAGCCGGUCCCCACGGCCGCCCGCCCCAGUCUAUCCUCACUGGGUGCUAUCUUCAUUCUCCUUAAGUCCGCGCUGGGCGCCGGCCUGCUCAACUUCCCAUGGGCCUUCCACAAGGCGGGUGGGGUGGCCCCCGCUUUCCUAGUGGAGCUGGUCUCCCUGGUCUUCCUGAUCAGUGGGCUGGUCAUCCUGGGCUAUGCUGCCUCCGUCAGCGGCCAGGCCACCUACCAGGGCGUGGUCGGAGGGCUGUGUGGCCCCACCAUCAGGAAGCUGUGCGAGGCCUGCUUCAUCAUCAACCUGCUCAUGAUCUCCGUGGCCUUCCUCAGGGUGAUCGGGGACCAGCUGGAGAAGUUGUGUGACUUCCUCCUGCCCGGCGCCCCGCCAGCCCCGCAGCCCUGGUACGCCGACCAGCACUUCACCCUGACGCUGCUCUCCGUGCUGGUCAUCCUGCCCCUGUCCGCCCCGCGUGAGAUCGGGUUCCAGAAGUACACAAGCGUCCUAGGCACCCUGGCCGCCUGCUACCUGGCCCUGGUCGUCGUGGCACAGUACUACCUCGGGCCCCAAGACCUCGCUCGUGAGCCCCGCCUGGCGUCGAGUCCUUCCUCCUGGACCUCCGUGUUCAGUGUCUUUCCCACCAUCUGCUUCGGAUUUCAGUGUCACGAAGCUGCCGUGUCCAUCUACUGCAGCAUGCGCCACCAGAGCCUCGGGCACUGGGCCCUGGUCUCCGUGCUGUCCUUGCUGGCCUGCUGCCUUGUCUACUCGCUGACAGGCGUGUACGGCUUCCUGACCUUCGGGACAGACGUUUCUGCUGACAUCCUGAUGUCCUACCCAGGCAACGAUGGGGUCAUCAUCGUUGCCCGGGUCCUCUUCGCUGUGUCCAUCGUGACUGUCUACCCCAUCGUGCUCUUCCUGGGGAGGUCGGUGAUGCAGGAUUUCUGGAGGAGGGGCUGCUGCUGGGCGUGUGGGCCCCGGGCCCUGGCCGAGCCCUCGGGGCCAUGGGUCCGGAUGUCGCUGACCGUCCUGUGGGUCACCGUGACGCUCGCCAUGGCCCUGUUCCUGCCCGACCUCAGCGAGAUCAUCGGCAUCAUCGGCGGCGUCAGCUCCUUCUUCAUCUUCAUCUUCCCGGGUCUGUGCCUCAUUUGUGCCAUCAGCGUGGAGCCCGUAGGACCCCGAGUUAAGUGCUUCCUGGAGGCCUGGGGGGUGGUCUCCGUGCUCGUCGGCACCUUCAUCUUCGGGCAGAGCACGGUGGCGGCUGUCAUGGAGCUGCUCCGAGCGGGACGGGGUCUCCACGGCUGCCCUGGUCCGCCUGCCUGCACCCAGCCGUGAGACCGAUGUUAUUUCAUCAUAAAGAUGCUGGAGAAACUGAUACGUUCUGCCUUCCCAGGCUGCUCAUUUGGGCUUCUGCUGGUUCCCAGGGUUUCCGGUGCGGUGGUGAGGAG